GCAUCGAUCAUUCUCGUUCGUAUCAUCAAUAUUUACUGCACCAUAUUCAUUAGCAGGUGGUUCACGUGAAGAGCUGUACUGUUUUGAGCAACCAAACUUCAUAGGUGUGAAUGAAGUCAAUGUCAUUAGGUCUCCCGUGUAAAAUUUAAUAUUUAAACAUUUCAAAACAUUGUUUUGUAGCCUUCGUAAGCGACAAAAAUGCCACGACUACACUUUAUUUACUUUCUAGCAGUAAUACUAUGGCAGGUUUCAGCCCAAGUCAAGUUUCCGGACGGUCAAUUGAAACAAGCGAGAGAAAACCAUCGACCGAAAGAAAUUUCUCUGACGGCUAUAGAGAAGCUAUCAAAUCUGUCGAAAUCAAACAAUUUGAAUGAUGUUCUGAAGCGACUGUUGGUUGAGCGAGUGGUGGGAACUCCCAGCCAUGAACAGGUGCGAAAUUUUAUCGUAGAAUACAUGCGAAAGCUUGGUUGGCAAGUGGAACUCGAUGAGUUCGAGGAUGAGACACCAAUUUUUGGAAAGCUGAAGUUCUCCAACAUCGUUGCUACGUUGAAUCCAAAAGCGGAGCGAUUUUUGGUACUUGCAUGUCACUAUGACAGUAAAUAUUUCCCGAAUCAAGUAUUUAUCGGGGCAACUGAUUCUGCGGUCCCGUGUGCCAUGAUGUUGGAUAUAGCGUCGUCGAUGCAGUCGUUCCUAAACGCCCAGAAGUCCGGCAGUUUAGGUCUGCAAAUGGUCUUUUUCGAUGGAGAAGAAGCGUUCCAGCAGUGGGGCCCAAAGGAUUCAAUCUACGGAGCACGCCAUCUGGCUGAGCGUUGGGAAGCCGAGGAUAAACUGAAACGAAUCGAUAUGUUGGUGCUUCUGGAUUUGCUGGGGACACCGGAUCCGAAUUUUUACAGCUACUUCCAGAAUACCGAAAGUUGGUACGCUCAGCUGCUAUCGGUUGAGGAACGUCUGGACCGGGCCGGACACAUGGAUCACUACACGUACAGCAGCGUUGCGCCGAACCAGAGAACGAUACGCUACUUCCAACCACGUUCCUACUAUGCUUACAUCGAAGACGACCACAUUCCAUUCUUGCAGCGCGGUGUACCGAUUCUGCACCUGAUUCCGACACCCUUCCCCGAUGUUUGGCACAAACUAUCCGACGACGGCAGUGCCGUUGACAUCAGUACCGUGCAAAACCUAAUCAAGGUCUUCCGCGUGUUCAUCGCCGAAUAUUUGCACCUGGACGUGUGACCAACGGGGACCGGGGAUGACCCGAACGCGAGAAAAGAGCUUUGAUUGUCUUGUUUUUCUUAUUUUUUUAUUCGGCAUGCAGGACUUUUUUUCUAACUGGUGGUGGCCGUUUUUGUUUUAAUUUCAAUCGUCAGAUUUGCAAGGAGGCUAUUUCGUACAGUGUAAAAAUGUUAGGUAAUACAAUAGAGAAACAAAAACUGCGGACAACACAUUUUACUUAAAACUAGCUACGAGCCUCGAAUGUAAAAUAUUUUUAACAUAAAAACUUGGCAAUUAAAACUGUAGAUAGUCACAUAUUAAUUUAGUAAUUGAAAGAGUUGUUGCAUGAAAAAAAAACUAAAUAAUAAAGAGUUUAAAUUGA